CGUCGGCGCCGUCAACCGAGUGCUGAAGCUGUCGUCCAAUCUGACGGAGCUGAGGAGUCACAUGACCGGACCGGUGGAGGACAAUGCCAAGUGUUACCCUCCGCCCAGCGUCAGGGCCUGUGCUCACAGACUGGAGUCGUCGGAUAACGUGAAUAAGCUCUUACUGGUGGAUUAUACUGGGAACAGACUGGUGGCGUGCGGGUCGAUCUGGCAGGGCGUCUGUCAGUUCCUCAGACUGGAAGAUCUCUUCAAACUGGGAGAGCCGCAUCACCGCAAAGAGCACUACCUGUCUGGAGCCAGAGAGGCUGAUGGGAUGGCAGGUGUGGUAGUUGGCGAGGAUGACUGGACGGCCGACCCGAGGAGGAAGAAGCCGGUGAAAGGCGGUAGCCGUCUGUUCAUCGGCGCCGCCAUCGACGGGAAGUCCGAGUACUUCCCGACGCUGUCCAGCAGGAAGCUGGUGUCGGACGAGGAGAGCGUCAACAUGUUCUCCCUGGUCUACCAGGACGAGUUCGUCUCCUCGCAGAUCAAGAUCCCGUCGGACACGCUGUCGCUCUACCCGGCCUUCGACAUCUACUACGUCUACGGCUUCUCCAGCCGCACCUACGUCUACUUCCUCACGCUGCAGCUGGACACGCAGCUCACGCAGAUGGACGCCGGCGGGGAGAAGUUCUUCACCUCCAAGAUCGUGCGGAUGUGCUCCAACGACACAGAGUUCUACUCCUACGUGGAGUUCCCUCUGGGCUGCACCAAGGACGGCGUGGAGUACCGGCUCGUACAGGCCGCCUACAAACAGAAACCAGGACGCAGGCUGGCUCAGGCCCUGGGUCUGUCUGAGGACGACGACGUCCUGUUCGUGGUCUUCUCCCAGGGUCAGAAGAACCGCUCCAACCCCCCCAGAGAGACGGUCCUCUGUCUGUUCACGCUCCAGCACAUCAACCUGGCCAUGAGGGAGAGGAUCCGCUCCUGUUACCGUGGAGAGGGACGCCUCUCGUUACCGUGGUUACUCAACAAGGAGCUGCCCUGCAUCCACACCCCCAAGCAGAUCGGAGAUGACUUCUGUGGUCUGGUCCUGAACCAGCCUCUGGGGGGUCUGAGGGUGAUCGAGGGGAGUCCGCUGUACGAGGACCGGACCGAGGGGAUGGGCGCCGUGGCGGCCUACACCUACGGGGAGCACACGGUGGUGUUCGUGGGGACGCGGAGCGGACAGCUGAAGAAGAUCCGUGUGGAUGGGAUCCCACCGCCGGCCCAGAAUGCUUUGCUGUAUGAGACGGUGACGGUGGUGGAGGGGAAGCCGAUCCUCAGAGACAUGGUGUUCAGUCCAGACCAUCAGUACAUCUACCUGCUGAGUGACAGACAGGUGAGCAGACUUCCUGUGGAGAGCUGUGAGCAGUACAGCAGCUGUUCAGACUGCCUGGGUUCUGGAGACCCUCACUGUGGAUGGUGUGUCCUCUUCAACAAGUGUUCCAGACAGGAAGCAUGUGACAAGUGGGAGGAGCCUCAGCACUUCAACACCCGACUGGACCAAUGUGUCGACAUCUCCGUUACCCCGAGCAACAUGUCGGUCACCUCCCCGGCAACACAGUUGACCAUCCGGGUGCAGAACGUCCCGGCGCUGUGGGGCGUGGCCUGUGUGUUUGAGGACCUGAGUGAAACCCCGGAGGUUCAGGCCAAAGGUCUGGUGAUGUGUAUGUCACCGACACUGAGAGACCUGCCGACACACACACAGUCCUACGGAGAGAAGCGAGUCGUCCAGCUGAGUCUUCGCUCCACUGAGACGGGUCAUCAGUUCAUCAACACCAAGUUCAUCUUCUACAACUGCUCUGUGCUCAACUCGUGUACUUCCUGUGUCAGCAGUGUGUUUCCGUGUCAUUGGUGUAAAUAUCGUCACAUCUGCACCAACAACCUGCAGGACUGCUCCUUCCAGGAGGGACGGGUCAGCAGCAUGGAGGGCUGUCCUCAGAUCCUCCCGACCUCCGACAUCCUGGUCCCGGCCGGGAUGGUUCGUCCAAUCACGUUGCGAGCUCGUAACCUCCCUCAGCCUCAGUCGGGUCAGAAGAACUACGAGUGUGUGUUCAGCAUCCAGGGGAAGGUCCAGCGCAUCCCAGCGGUCCGCUUCAACUCCUCCUGCAUCCAGUGUCAAAACACCUCGUACUGGUACGACGGGGACGAGGCUGGCGACCUCCCAGUGGACUUCUCCAUCGUCUGGGACGGAGACUUCUUCAUCGACAAGCCUUCAUCCAUGAAAGCUCUGCUCUAUAAGUGUGAGGCUCAGCGCUCCAGCUGUGGUCAGUGUCUCAAAGCUCCCACGGCCUUUGAAUGCGGCUGGUGCUCAGAGAGCAGAAAGUGUCUCCUGAGGCUCCACUGUCCGUCGGCCGAGACCAACUGGAUGCACCACGGACGGCACAACCUGCGCUGCAGCCACCCGCGCAUCACCAGGAUUGACCCUCUGACCGGGCCUCGGGAGGGGGGUACCCGGGUGACCAUCGAAGGGGAGAACCUGGGUCUCCAGGUGAAGGAGAUCGCUCACGUCCAGGUCGCCGGCGUCCGCUGUAACCCCGUCCCCUCCCAGUACAUCAGCGCAGAGAGGAUCGUGUGUGACAUGGCUGAAGCUCUCCUCCCUCACUCUCCUGGCGGUCCGGUGGAACUCUGUAUCGGCGUCUGCAGCUCCGAGUAUCGAACGCUGUCCACUCAGACGUACUCCUUCGUGAGCCCUGUUUUCACCCGUGUCCUCCCAGAGAAGGGUCCUGUUUCUGGGGGAACCAGACUGACGGUGACGGGUCGUUACCUGGACGCCGGCAGCUCGGUGACGGUGUUCAUCAAUAAGGAAGAGUGUCUGUUCGUCAAACGGACCAAUCGGGAGAUAAUCUGCAUAACUCCCGCCUCCCUGUCGGGCUCUGGCCCCGCCCCCAUCCGUCUGAUGAUUGACAGGGCCGAGGUGACGAGCUCAGAGAUCAAAUACGUUUUCACCGAGGACCCGACCAUCUCCAGCAUCGAGCCCAACUGGACCAUCCUCAAUGGCAGCACAGUGAUAACGGUGACAGGAACCAACCUGCGGACCAUCCAGGAGCCCAAAGUCAGAGCCAAGUACGGAGGAGUGGAAACCAACAACUUCUGUUCUGUAGUCAACGACAGCACGAUGACGUGUUUGGCUCCUGGUCUGAUUUACGGUAAACCCAACCCACCAGAGGGGGCGCUGAGACCAGACGAGUUCGGCUUCAUCUUUGACCAGGUCUCCUCUCUGCUGGUCCUGAACUCCACCCCCUUCACUCACUACCCCAACCCGACCUUUGACCCCCUGGGGAAUUCUGGGAUCCUGGAGGUCAAACCGGGGUCACCCAUUAUCCUCAAGGGUAAGAACCUGAUCCCUCCGGCUCCAGGAAACACCCGUCUGAACUACACGGUUCUGAUCGGAGAGUCUCCGUGUCUGCUCACCGUCUCAGAGAACCAGCUGCUCUGUGAUUCGCCGGAUCUCACCGGAGAACAGCGAGUCCUGAUCCUGGUCGGGGGUCUGGAGUACUCCCCGGGUACGCUCCACAUCUACUCCGACAGCGCCCUGACGCUGCCCGCCAUCAUCGGCAUCGGGGCGGGCGGAGGCGUGCUGCUCAUCGCCAUCAUCGCCGUGCUCAUCGCCUACAAGAGGAAGACCCGCGACGCCGACCGCACGCUCAAACGCCUCCAGCUGCAGAUGGACAACCUGGAGAGCCGGGUGGCUCUGGAGUGCAAAGAGGCCUUUGCAGAGCUGCAGACCGACAUCCAGGAGCUGACCAACGACAUGGACGGAGUGAAGAUCCCGUUCCUGGAGUACCGGACCUACACCAUGAGAGUCAUGUUCCCCGGAAUAGAAGAACACCCGGUGCUCAAAGAGCUGGACUCUCCAGCCAACGUAGAGAAAGCUCUGCGUCUCUUCAGUCAGUUACUGAACAACAAGAUGUUCCUGUUGACCUUCAUUCACACUCUGGAGGCUCAGAGGUCGUUCUCCAUGAGGGACCGAGGGAACGUCGCCUCGCUGCUGAUGGCCGCUCUGCAGGGUCGUAUGGAAUAUGCCACCGUGGUGUUAAAACAGCUGCUGGCCGACCUGAUCGAGAAGAACCUGGAGAACAGGAACCAUCCUAAACUGCUGCUGAGGAGGACGGAGUCUGUAGCUGAGAAGAUGCUCACCAACUGGUUCACCUUCCUGCUGCACCGCUUCCUCAAGGAGUGUGCUGGUGAGCCUCUCUUCAUGUUGUAUUGUGCCAUAAAGCAGCAGAUGGAGAAAGGUCCGAUUGAUUCGAUCACAGGAGAAGCUCGUUACUCUCUGAGUGAAGACAAGCUGAUCAGACAGCAGAUCGACUACAAGCAGCUGACUCUGAUGUGCAUCCCCCCUGAGGGGGAGACGGUGACGGAGGUCCCGGUGAAGGUGUUGAACUGUGACACGGUGACUCAGGUCAAAGACAAGCUGCUGGACGCCGUCUAUAAAGGGAUCCCGUUCUCCCAGAGACCUCAGGCCGACAACAUGGACCUCGAGUGGCGUCAGGGUCGACUGACCCGGAUCAUCCUUCAGGACGAAGACGUGACGACAAAGAUAGAGAGCGACUGGAAGAGACUGAACACACUGGCUCACUACCAGGUAACCGACGGCUCUCUGGUGGCGCUGGUCCAGAAGCAGGUUUCUGCCUACAACAUCGCCAACUCCUUCACCUUCACCAGAUCUCUGAGCAGAUACGAGUCGUUACUUCGAACGUCCAGCAGUCCCGACAGUCUGAGAUCCAGAGCGCCGAUGAUCACCCCGGACCAGGAGACAGGGACUAAACUGUGGCACCUGGUGAAGAAUCACGAGCACAGUGACCAGAGAGAAGGAGACCGAGGAAGCAAGAUGGUUUCAGAGAUCUACCUGACCAGACUGCUGGCUACCAAGGGGACGCUGCAGAAGUUUGUGGACGACCUGUUUGAGACGGUGUUCAGCACCGCCCACCGGGGUUCUGCUCUCCCAUUGGCUAUCAAAUACAUGUUCGACUUCCUGGAUGAGCAGGCCGACAAACGGCAGAUCACCGACCCGGACGUCCGACACACCUGGAAGAGCAACUGCCUUCCUCUCAGGUUCUGGGUGAACGUCAUAAAGAAUCCUCAGUUCGUGUUUGACAUCCACAAGAGCAGCAUCACGGACGCCUGUCUGUCCGUCGUCGCUCAGACCUUCAUGGACUCCUGCUCGACGUCAGAACACCGGCUCGGAAAAGACUCUCCGUCCAACAAGCUGCUCUACGCUAAAGACAUCCCCAACUACAAGAGCUGGGUGGAGAGGUACUACAGGGAUAUAGCGAAGAUGCCCAGCAUCAGUGAUCAGGACAUGGACGCCUACCUGGUGGAGCAGUCCCGUCUGCACGGCACCGAGUUCAACACACUGAGCGCGCUCAGCGAGCUCUACUUCUACAUCAACAAGUACAAAGAAGAGAUCCUGACGGCGUUGGACCGGGACGGGUACUGUCGCAAACACAAACUGAGGCACAAACUGGAGCAAGCCAUCAACCUGAUGUCUGGGAGCAGCUGAGAGGAGG